ACCGAAAAGCUCGAUUAGCUUAGUCCGGUGACUAGCGAGAACAAGCUAACAAACGCAAACAGGAAGAAGAACGCCUUAAAACCGAUCCUCCUAUGACAGCGCUGCUUUUUUCAACACAACACCGGACAAGAUGGCGACGAGCAAUGGUGGAGGAAUGGAGGUGGAUGGAACAGUCGGCCCCAGUGUUAUGGCAGCGGGGGUCACUGGGAGCGUUUCUGUGGCCUUACACCCUUUGGUUAUCCUCAACAUAUCAGACCACUGGAUACGCAUCCGUUCACAGGAAGGUCGACCAAUGCAGGUGAUCGGAGCUCUGAUCGGGAAGCAGGAGGGCAGAAACAUUGAGGUGAUGAACUCCUUUGAACUAAUGUCUCACACCAUAGAUGAUAAAGUGCACAUCGACAAGGAGUACUACUACACUAAGGAGGAACAAUUUAAACAGGUCUUCAAAGAAAUGGAGUUCUUGGGUUGGUACACCACCGGCGGUCCUCCAGACCAGUCAGAUAUACACAUCCAUAAACAGGUGUGCGAGAUCAUCGAGAGCCCCCUGUUCCUCAAGCUCAACCCGAUGACCAAACACACCGACCUUCCUGUUAGUGUUUAUGAAUCAGUGAUAGACAUCAUCAGUGGCGAGGCCACCAUGUUGUUUGCUGAGCUGACUUACACUUUAGCCACAGAGGAAGCGGAGAGGAUUGGUGUCGACCACGUGGCUCGAAUGACAGCCACAGGAACCGGGGAAAACUCAACCGUGGCCGAACACCUCAUUGCCCAGCACAGCGCGAUCAAAAUGCUCCACAGCCGAGUAAAGAUCAUUCUAGAGUACGUCAAAGCCGUCGAAGCAGGAGAGGUGCCGUUCAACCACGAGAUCCUGCGAGAGGCGAACGCCCUUUGCCACAGACUGCCGGUCCUUAGCACCACGAAAUUCAAAACCGACUUCUAUGAUCAAUGUAACGACGUGGGCCUCAUGGCCUACCUGGGCACCAUCACCAAGACCUGCAACAGUAUGAACCAGUUCAUCAACAAGUUCAACGUCCUGUACGACAGGCAGGGCAUCGGCCGCAGGAUGAGAGGACUCUUCUUUUGAGCUGGCAGGGAGGAGGGGGGCAGACACACUUUUUUUUCUGUUCUCUUUUUGUGUUCAGAUCAGGUAAAAAGGAAAAUAUUUCACACCCGUUCAUCUUCAACCACAAGUCUGUCUAAAAGCACUCAGCGACACAGAUCAGCUCAAAGCCUCUCCGAGGUCUCCUGGGUAGGCACAGCAGUGAGAUCACUGAACAUGGACGGUAUUCUACCCAGUUCGUUUUAUUGUUUCUGUAUGUAAUAAAUGUUUUUUUUUUUUUUUUUCAUGGA